AUGAUUACCACGGAUGAAAUUUACGAUAUAUCACAAUUACCAACAGAUAUUCUAUCAUAUUCGAAUGAUCAAUUUUUUGAUUUUAUAAAAAAGUAUGUAGGCGCAGUUGAAUGUGAGAUUCUAGAAAAACAAGCGAUUAAAAAUGUUCGAUUAUUAUUACAUAUAAAAGAUCCUUUUUCACUGUUUGAUGUUAAUUGUGAAGAUUUAGUUGACCUCAAGAGACGUGCUUGUUUUAUUUAUCCAAACACAAAUGAAUAUGUUGUCCGACCAGGAAUUAAAUACAACAUUGAGCAUGUGACUGAAUUAUUGAGAAAAUUUCAACAAAAUUUCAAUAAAGUAAAUAAUAAUGAUACUAAUUUAUCUAAUAUAACAACGACAUGUUCACAAGCAAAUGAACAACUAGCUACUUUAUUGAAGAAUUUAAAUGAUUUUGUGAAUAAUAGUCGUGAACAAAAUGAACAACAACCAUUUGUUCUUGCGUUUCUUGAAGGUAUUAUAAAAAAUCUAAGUCGACCUAAAAACAAUUACAAAUACAAUGAAUAUGUCCAACGAUUUGCCACAGCACUGUAUAUACUAGCUGGUAGCAAUACGUACGAAUUUAUACGUAUUAAUUUACCUGGUGCUUUACCAUCUAUUAGUACUCUGGAGCAAUAUAAUAAAAACAUUGAUCUAAAAAUGAAUGAGUGUCAGUUUCGUUUUGAUCGAUUGAAAGAACACCUUGAUACAAUUAAUUCGAAGUUCGUAUUUUUAUCUGAAGAUUGUAGUAGUGUAGUCAGUAAAAUAUCGUACGAUGUGAGUACGGAUUCCUUUGUUGGUUUUAUACCGUCACUUCACAAGGGAAUACCACAAACUUCUUCUUACCAAACCGAUGACUUUGAACAAUUACAAGAAUGGUUUAUGACAAUUGAUAAAUCAUCACUGAUCAACGUUCAUAUGGUGGAACCGUUGUUGCCGUUAUUAACAACGACGACAGUAACAAUGCCUCCACAACCAUCUAAAUCGAGACCAUUUCUUUUAGCUGCUUAUGGGACAGAUACUAAGUCAGUCGCCAUCGACAUACUUCGUCGAUGGGUCUACAUUUAUGAACAAUGUAAAUUGAAUAAUAUACGUAUAAUUGGUUACUCAACUGAUUGUGAUGGUAAAUAUUUGAAAGCGAUGCGACUUACAAACGGGUUUUUU